AGACUGGAAACCGUGUGGCAUUUAAAGGAAUCCGGUGCGGUUUCUGAAUGACUUCCAGUGAUGAUUCCCUGGGAGAGUAAAUGACCAGAUCGACGAACGCGUUGCUCCGGUGCCAUUGCGCACAUCGAUGCGCACAGCUUCCAGGCAGACCUUGUCAGACAGCUGUGCGUUAUGCUGAAUGGACCGAACUUCCGCGACCACGAUCCAAUGCGACUCGUCGACCCGAGGCACCUUCCGCAACUGAUGUCCCAGGAGGACCAUGAGCCCUCCAUGGAGGAAGGGACCUUGGGGCCCCGCAACUCCACGCCAGCAGGGGAUGAAGGCGCCCAGGGUCAGCAGUACCAGCCUUUCCCUUGGGUGGUUGCCGUGUUAGCCGGCGUCCUGAUCACGACCAUCGUGGUCGAUGUUAUGGGGAACCUGCUGGUCAUUGUCUCCGUGUUCAGGAACAGGAAACUCAGGAAAGCAGGAAACGCCUUCGCGGUGAGCCUGGCUUUUGCUGACCUGCUGGUCGCCCUCUAUCCCUACCCCCUGGUGCUGACCGCCAUCUUCCAUGACGGUUGGAUCGCCGGCCACAUCCACUGUCAGAUCAGUGGCUUCCUCAUGGGUCUCAGCGUCAUCGGCUCGGUCUUCAACAUCACAGGCAUCGCUAUCAAUCGCUACUGCUACAUCUGCCACAGCCUCAAAUACGACAAGCUCUGCUCUAGCAGCAACACCAUGUGCUACGUCAUGCUCGUGUGGGCGCUCACUAUCCUCGCCAUCGUGCCCAACUGGUUCGUGGAGUCGCUGCAGUACGACCCGCGAGUUUACUCCUGCACCUUUGCCCAGUCGGUCAGCUCGCUGUACACCAUCGUGGUGGUGGUGGUGCACUUCAUCGUGCCAAUGGGCAUUGUCUCAUACUGUUACCUACGGAUCUGGAUCCUUGUUAUCCAGGUGAGGCAGAGGGUCAAGCCAGACUCGCGACCAAAGAUCAAGCCCCAUGACCUCCGCAAUUUCCUGACCAUGUUUGUGGUGUUCGUGCUCUUUGCUGUCUGCUGGGGGCCACUGAAUCUGAUUGGCCUUGCAGUGGCACUGGACUCCAGGCUGAGCCGGGUCAUACCAGAAUGGCUGUUCACGGCCAGCUACUUCAUGGCCUACUUCAACAGCUGCCUCAACGCUGUUGUCUACGGAGUCCUGAACCACAAAUUCAGGAAGGAGUACAAGAGGAUUGUCCUGGCCAUCUUCAAGUUUCACUGCUGAGAGGCUACACUGAGGGUACAUCUCAAGUCUCUUAUAAGAUCAUCCCUAAUCCUCGGUCCCCGGUCGACCCAGAGGUCGAGGACGUUCCAGUUCACUUAUAUCAGCUCUGAGGACUGCGGAGUGAAGAGGCGACUGGAGGAGAUAUGACCAAGGAUACACGAGAUGCCCUGUUAUCAGAAAUCAGUUGGGGGCACAUCUCAUGUCUCCUAUGAGGACCGCAAGAUGCGAGGAAAAAACAUGAGGAGAAAGUACUCGAGGAAACGCUAUUAAAGACAGGAGACAUCCUUUUCUCCAAUCCCUCAUCUGAAGCGUCCUGUCACCAACUGAUUUUUGAUGCGAAGGAUGGUCUUGUGUUUCCUCAGUCAUGGCUCCUCCAGCACCAUCCUCGGUCCACGCUCCUCAGUCCUAGGAACUGAUGUAAGAGACUUGGAACAUUCUGCGUCCUCAGUGGACCACAGCAGCUUCCAGGUCGACUGAACAGGAGCAGGAACAAUCUUAUAAGAGACAUGAGAUGCGCCCCUGGUGACAGGAUGCUUCAGAUGAAGGAUCUGAGGAAAGGACAUCUCAUAAUAACAUGUUUUCUUGAGUCCUCUCUCCUCAUGUUUUCUUCGCAGCUGAUGUGAGCGGGACUAAGAAACAAGGAAAAGAGGCAAGUGAGAGAAGCGACUUUCUUGGGAUGUACUUUAUGUGUCUUGUCUUGUCAGGACUUUUGUGAUGAGAAAAGCCUAUUAACAAG